AUGGGUGAAUAUUCAACACCAUCGUAUGGAGACGCGCCUUACUGGGAUGCACGAUAUGAGAAGGAGGGGCCUGAGAAGACGUUUGACUGGUACCAACAGUACACAGCGUUGGCUCCCAUAUUUGAUAUUUACACGGACAAAGCGUCCAAGGUGCUCAUGGUGGGAUGCGGCAAUGCAGAUGACACGAUGAAUGUCUGUUCCAUGGGGUUUGACGAGUCUGCUUUUGAUGUGGUUCUUGACAAAGGGACACUGGAUGCCAUCCUGAUUACAUACGGUGAUCCGCAAGUACGCAUGUCACACCUGCAAGUCGACAGCCUGAAAUGGACCGUCAAAGUUCAUGCCUUGCCAAGGCCUGGAGCAACUGCAGAGAUUGUGCGAAAGACGUUUGAGGUGCCGGGUCCUGCGGAGCCUGGUGCGAAGCCUCUGUCGGUCUUGGCCGGUGAGGUGACAGCGUUCCUCCAACGCAACAACUACAAGGUCAUCGACAUGAAGGAUACCGUCAUUCUGAGCCUCUUCUCAUGCCCCGAAUUGACCAUGCUCGUGGUGGUUCACAUGCUAACGGCCGCGCGUGUGUGUCUGGUGGCGGCGGGGGGGCCCAUCAGGAUCAUCCAGGACAACUACGCGAAGAUCCAGGCGGUGGAGAAGGAGCUGGAGGCGCUGCACCUGGAGGUGAAGCUCACGUCGGGGUCCAAGAAGGCGGGCAUGGAGCUGCUAAGGCAGAAGAUCGAGCAGAGCACGGAGAAGGCCAGGCUGCUGCGCAAGAAGGAGGAGCAGGCCAAGAAGGUAUGGGAGGCAGCAGCGAAGCUGGUGGAGGAAGAGGAGCAGAGGAAGCAGCAGCUGUGUGAUGACCUCAGAAUGAUGGUGCAGCAGAACGCGCUGCAGCAGUACGAGCGGCUGGAGGCGCUCACGCACAAACUGGACGCCCUCAACCCUGAGAUGAGGGGACCCGCCUUGGAGGCCAUUCAGGGCCUGCGCGCCAAGAUCGCCCCCCACGGCGUCCUCCCCGUCUAUGUGAGCCUCUCCGCCCUGCUCCUCCCUUCCUUUUCCCACCAGCUUGCUCUCUACCCUUCCAUGUCGCAAGGCAGGGAAGCACCUGCGUCUGCCGAGGGCACGUGUGCCCCAUCAGCUUCCCCUGUGGACGCCACCAGCAGCACGGCACCCGCGUCAACAGCUGAUGCUCCUGCCACCACCCCCAAAGCCCAGGGGGCAGAGGGGGACGCGCAGAGCCAAGGGCAGGAAGGUAGUUCUGGCGCCACAGCAGCAGCAAAUGGCAGUAAAGGAGCGGAUGGGGGAGCAGCACCAGCAGCGCGACUGUCUAUAAGCCGUGGGAGAGGCAGAGGGCGGGGGAGGGGUUUGAUUGCCAAGGGGGGAAACAAGGCAGGAGGGGAUGGGCAGUGGACGGGUGCAGGGUUUGAUGUGGAGGAUGAGAGCAUUGCAUGA